UACUAGAAAAAUUGCUCCAUGCCAGUACCAUUCGAUCUAGAAAUUUUCAAAAAACUUUUUUGAUUUUGAUUGUUUUUUGUGAAUCAUCUGUAAUUUUGUUAUUCCUAUUAUUCUACAUUGUUGUUAAAGAAAUAACGUCGUCAAAUUCAAAAUGCCAAAUGAUUACAAAAAUAUGUUUACGGUUGGAUUGUCUUGUUUCAUAAUUCUCAUUGCAUUAGGUUUAUCUAGCUGUGAGUCUGAGCAUAAAAUACAGGGACAAAACGUAACCUUACACUUCCCAUACCCAUGUGACACCACAGACGUCACAUUACAGCAAUCAAAUAGACGUCCCUUUUACAGGUCUACAUCUGGGCCAGGCCUAAUUCUUUCGCAAUCUCAGGAGAAGAGAUUCAAAGUUUAUGAUAGAAAAAACAAUGAUGAUUGCUUUCUGGAUCUGAUAAUAAGUAAUCUAAUGGGAGAUGAUCAAGGCACAUACAUUUUGUUUGUAUACAAGGAUGGUGAGAUACUAGGGGGUAAGACACAGAGAAUUUAUUUGGAGGUAGACCAUCCCCCUGGUAAGGCUUCAUGUGUCGUGGGUGAUGAAAUGGAUGGCGACUGGGUCUCACUAGACUGUCAAGCCAAUGCAGGGAGUCUACCAGGGAAAAUUGUGUGUUACCAAAGUGGUGUGUGGAUGCCUACUUUGGCUGGCCCUACUGAAGCGGGAUAUUUAUUGAAACAGUCCAUCCUCAUUAGACAAUCGGUUCCAGUAUUUUGCUGCUCAUCCCUGAUUGAUGAAGUCAGAGAGAGGUGCGAAUGUAAAGACACUAACCACUAUCUGUCCGAUGGCGAAUGCCAUGACCCAUGUCCUACUCCCAGUCCUACCUUUCCUGAAACUACAACAGUGCUGAUUCCCUCCACUUUCACUAAGAGCAAUCAAAGUGAUCAAUAUACCUCUUUGGCACCCAGUCCUCCCAUUCAGAUGAAAGAAUCAAAAUGCAACCAACUUAAUUCAGAUUUGGCCAUUGUUUUUCUUGUCCUCAUGGUCAUUUCAUUGGUAGUAGUGGUCGUACUGGUCGUCUACAUACUGAAAACAAAGAACGAGUGUGAUAAAAAUACCAAUCAUACACCAAAAUCUGAUAAUGCUAAGCCACUUCUUGAUUUGCACGCAAAGACAAAUAAAGCAUUAAACACGUAAAACACAGAAAACCACUGCGAAGUUCAAUUCCUUUCACAACCAAAUGAGGAUUAUAGGACUAUAUAGAAAAGGCCCAGAAGGCUAGGUUGACUUUACAUAGCUUUCUCCCAUCCCCGUGCCCUAACUUAUCUAUACAGAAUUGUGAUCAUUAGAAUAUGUAAAUGACGAAGGGAAAAUAUAUAUGACAACUCAUACAAAAAAAUGUUUUAUCAUACCUUUUAUCAUAAUGAAUUGAAACAUGUUGUUUGGACGAAAUUUUAACUUCUUUUUAGCAGAUUGUCCAAAAAGGAAUUAUAUUACAUAUUCUCAUAUUUACAUGUGCAUAAACUAAUCUAGUCUUUCUAUCUCAUUCAUUUCCCUUCAUCAAAAAUCAAGAUAGUCGCGUAGUGUUCAUGAAAAAAAUAUGAAAUUUGACUUGCCGCCCCAAAAUAAAAUUAGUCAACAUUGGGUAGUUCUCUGUAAAUAGCCAAACUAGUAAUUGCUCUUCAAAAACUAAAAAGUGAAAAGAAACUAAUCUGAAUACUAGUUCUUUACAAUAAGUAGAAGAGAUACAGCAGUUAUUUUGAUACCUCUUUUCCUGGACUAUACUUGGAAGUUUUAACGAGACUGCAUAUCGUGGACAUGUCGUGCUUCAAUGAUCCACAAAUUUAAACCAUGUUGUUUCCUCAUUUUUCGAAGCUCUCUCCCUCUCUCUGAAUUUAUUUCAAUCACGUACUUGUAUGGGUGUGGGUUAUUGUUGAUGAAUUUUGACAUUUUAAAUAUCAUUUUAAACCUCACAAUGUGCCCUUUCAUGCUGAAAAAAUAGUCUCAAAGUUCAUUUUGGAUGGGAGCUCACAUGAAAUUAUGGUUGAAUUGUCUAGAACUAAAAUAUUUUACAGUGUAGGUAAUAUUUUGUGGAAAUCAAUUACCUAACAAUAACCCAUAAUGGAUGCAUAAAUAGGAGACCCUAACAAGUUGGAGCUUAAUUAAUUUUGAGCUUGUACAAACAUUUGUAAUACAUCAGUACCAGAGGCAAUUAUGUUUUCUUCGAAAUAUUGAAUGAAUGUUGGUUAAAGUGUACGGGAUUAAUAUCACUUGCCUUCAAGAUCUUUUUGAUAUAUUUUUUGUUUCUCCUUUUAGUUUAGCUUCUCCCAUAAUUUUGUGAUAGUUGCUGUUUUGAUUUUUUUUGUAUAUUCAAUAUUGUACCAUUUUGAUUUCUUGAUGUGUAAUGUAUUCUAUUUAUGUGUACAUAUUUUCAAUGGAUUUUACUUUUUAAACGCUACACAUAUUUGCGGCGUAUAUUCAGAGCAUUUUGUAAAAAAGGAAAUUCAAUAAAGGUGUACGAAAG